CGUUUGGGGAAACUGAAUCAAAUAAAAAAGAAAAAAUUGGGUCCACAAUUGCGGCAAAAUCUAUGCACCAAAUUUGUUGGCUUGGCAAGAAAUGAGAAUGGUACGGUGCGGAUUGAGAGGCCAAAUACUUACCAAGAAAGCGCAGCCGCUGCCAGUUUUUCUACCCGCACAAACUGCACUUGUAUUGUCCAAAUUGUUCUCUGCCUCCUCCUUUAUAUAUAUACCACCAUCACCAUCUCCGUCACCAUCUCCGUCACCAUCGUAUCUUUCACUUCAGUUUAGUUCCUGCUUCUUGAUCGGCACAGCCAUGAGUGACACAAAACCCAAGUUUUUGGAGGUCUACUCUGCACUCAAAUCAGAGCUUCUUGAUGACCCGGCUUUUGAGUUUACCGAUGAUUCUCGUCAAUGGGUAGAGCGUAUGCUAGAUUACAAUGUACCUGGAGGAAAGCUGAACCGAGGCUUGUCCGUCAUCGAUAGCUACAGGUUGUUGAAAGAUGGGAAAGAGCUGUGUGAUGAUGAAUUGUUUCUUGCAUGUGCCCUUGGUUGGUGCAUUGAAUGGCUUCAAGCAUAUUUUCUUGUUCUUGAUGAUAUCAUGGAUGGCUCUCAUACACGCAGAGGUCAACCGUGUUGGUUCAGGCUUCCUCAGGUUGGAUUGACUGCUGUGAACGAUGGGUUGAUUCUACGCAACCAAAUCUUCAGAAUUCUCAAGAAGCACUUUAGAGGAAAACCUUAUUAUGUUGAUUUGCUAGAUUUAUUCAACGAGGUGGAAUUUCAAACGGCCUCAGGGCAAAUGAUAGACUUAAUUACAACACUUCAAGGAGAGAAAGAUCUCUCAAAAUACUCAUUGCCAAUCCACCGCAGGAUCGUUCAGUACAAGACGGCUUACUACUCAUUUUACCUUCCAGUUGCAUGUGCAUUGCUUAUGGCAGGGGAGAAUCUUGACAAUCAUUCUGAUGUGAAGAAUGUCCUUGUUGAAAUGGGGACCUAUUUUCAAGUACAGGAUGAUUUUCUAGAUUGUUUUGGUGAUCCUGAGGUGAUUGGCAAGGUCGGAACUGAUAUCGAAGACUUCAAGUGCUCUUGGUUGGUUGUAAAAGCUCUGGAACGUGCUAAUGAGGAGCAAAAGAAGUUGUUAUAUGAGAAAUAUGGAAAAACUGAUCCAGCAUGUGUUGCCAAAGUGAAAGAGCUCUAUCAAACCCUUGAUAUUCAGGGUGCGUUUGCGGAGUACGAGAGCAAGAUUUACGAGAAGAUGACGAAACAAAUAAAGGGUCAUCCGAGCAAAGCGGUACAAGCUGUGCUGGAAUCAUUUCUGGCAAAGAUAUACAAGAGGCAAAAAUGAGAAAAACGCAAAGAAGAAUAGACCUAGCAGACUAUGCGGUUCUAAUCUAUUUAGUAUUAGUAUUGUGGGGGUGGAAUAAGUAAAGGUCCAAGUAGAUAGUGACCCUGUGACAUGAUGAAUCAUUCUCUGAUGGAUUUGUAGAGU